CAACAUUUCAUUUCUGCGUUUACCAUGGAUCGUCAUGAUAUAGAGAAGAGAUUCACGGUGGUGAUUGAUAACAGACGACUAAACCAAUAUGGAUCAUCAUCACUUUUCACCGGCUUCGCGAUCAGCUCUAUAACUCUGAUCGUGGUUACUACGUUUGCUCUAAUGUCCAAUUUUUCUAUACAACCGUAUAGAGAUUUCUCAGGAGUGAAGAUAGAUAUCAAGAGAGUGAUUCCACACUUACCUCUGAGCUCUGAGAAAGAAGGUGAAAGAAGUGAUCUGCUCAAACAACAGAUACAAGUAAACGAGAAGCUCCAAGUUAUCGAGGUUUUCAGUGGAGAUAACUUGUCUGACAAGUUUCAAAAGAGGGUAAUUGAGUUUGUCGGUGAUGGAUGUGAAGUCAACUUCAUCAUGACAUGGAUAUCACCUGCAGAGUUCUUCGGCAAUAGAGAGGUUUUAGCUAUUGAAAGUGUCUUUAAAUCUCAUCCUUAUGGUUGCUUGAUGAUCCUAUCCGCAACCAUGGAUUCUCCUCAAGGUUAUACAAUUUUGAAGCCGUUUCUUGAUCGUGGUUACAAAGUUCUUGCAGUCACACCAGAUUUACCUUUUCUACUCAAAGGAACCGCGGGAGAAUCGUGGCUCGAGGAAAUAAAGACCGGUAAAAGAGAUCCCGGAAAGAUUUCUCUAGCUCAGAAUCUCUCAAAUCUCAUGAGGCUUGCUUACUUGUACAAAUAUGGAGGUGUUUACUUAGACACAGACAUGAUUGUUCUAAAAAGCUUCAAAGGGCUUAGAAACGUGAUUGGAGCACAAACACUUGAUCCUUCAUCAACAAAUUGGACAAGAUUGAACAACGCGGUACUAAUAUUCGACAAGAACCAUCCUCUGCUACUCAAAUUCAUCGAAGAAUUCGCGAAAACUUUCAAUGGGAACAUAUGGGGAUACAACGGACCGUACCUUGUUUCUCGAGUGGCUAGAGCUGUAGAAGGAUCAAGUGGCUAUAACUUCACCGUAAUGCGACCAUCUGCGUUCUAUUCGGUAAACUGGCUCGAGAUUAAGAAGUUGUUCAAAGUGGCUAAAACAGAGAAAGAUUCGAAAUGGGUCAAAAUCAAGCUUCUUCAUAUGCAGAGGAGUGGCUAUGGUUUGCAUCUAUGGAAUAAGUUUAGCAGAAAAUAUGAAAUUGAACAAGGAAGUGCCAUGUGGAAACUGGUUUCAGAGCAUUGCAUUAUCUGUGAAAUUGGUUCUGCUUCAUAGUCUAUUGUUUGAAUUUGUUCCAUUAAUCCAUACACUGUACAUAACUACUUGUAUAUAAGAAUGAAAAACCUUCACGUAC